AUGGAGUCACCAUCUGAGGACAAAAAGAGGACCCAUGCCAUCACUAUAGACCCAGAUGAAACUGUCAUGACUGCCUUUCCCUACCGACCUCAUAACUCUCUGCUGGACUUCCUGAAGGGAGAGCCAAAGGUUUUGGGAGCUAUCCAGAUUGUUCUUUCUCUGGUCAUUGUGGGCCUUGGAAUUAUAUUCGCAUUUAAUUUCAUCUUUUUCUCCAAAAAGCUUCCUCUUGUAGUCCUCGCUGGAUAUCCAUACUGGGGAGCAUUUAUUUUUUUUCUGACAGGAUUUGUCACAAUGUUCAAUAAUAAAUCAAGACAAAUUCUGAGACACGGAGUCGUGACCAUGAAUGUCUUCAGCUCCCUGGCUGCAUUGGUUGGGAUUGCUUUGACCCUCCUCAGCUUUACACAGCUGCACAAAUUCUGCCAGACGCCCACCCUUGAAGGAACAUGUGUCGUAGGCAGAACACUUCUUCUUGGGAUUUUGUCAGUCUUAUUAAUCAUCACCAUAGCAGAGUUCAGCAUCUCUGUGACUAUCGCAUCCUUGAGAAGCAGGUGCUGGACCAGUCCAAGAGAGGCUGUGUUCUUCUUUCCUUCAGAAGUUGCUCAAAAUGCUGAACAGCCUGCCCCAGAAGAAAGCAACACAUUACGAUUUGAGUUUCAAGAAAAAUCUUCUGGAGAUAAUACGGCUUCAGACAUAAAAACUGUUUUCUUAGGAGGUUAUGCUUUCUUCAAGCUAAAACUGUCAAGAAAUCUUUCAGCUCCCAAAACUAUCCCACAGAAAAGUGAUAAAGGCACAUCUUCUAUGCGGGUUCCAGAUGGGCAGGAGACUAUUCUUCCGCGCUCUCCAGAGCAAGAAAUCAAAGUGAAUGUUAUACCUCCUCCAUUAACACCAAAGUCUUCAGGAAAUAUUUCUUCUCAGAAAGAGUCUAGAACGGAUCAUCUGAAUGAAGAGGAUGUAGCAUCUAUUAUGUAUCAAACCUCUGAUGUGCAAUUCAAAUCACUUGUCUAUGAAAAUUCAUCACUCAAAAUUCUUAAAACUCCAUCUUCACAAAAUUUCCUCCAUUUACCAGAGGACAAUUUGUCAACCCAAACACUACUUGAAGCUCUCUCAACAAAAGAUUUACAAUCUAAAACCCCAUCACUCCAUAUUUCAGAGACUGAUGAUCUAGGAUAUGAAUAUCUGCCCUCUGAAGAUGUACAUUCUGAAGAAAACCCAUCCCAAGUCAUGCAAUACCAAGAUAUAGUAACACAAGACAUACCAUCCCAAAAGACUCUGUCCCAACUGAUUCCAUACCAAGGGACUCUAUUCCAAGAACUAUCAUUACAAGAUCUAUCAUUCCAAGAUAUAUUAACUAAAAAUGCACCAUCCCCACGGACACCAUCCCCACGGACACCAUCCCCACAGACACCAUCCCCACGGACACCAUCCCCACGGACACCAUCCCCAAAAACUCCAUCCCAAGGGACUCCAUCCCAAGGGACUCCACACCAAGAGCUAUCAUACCAAGAUAUACUAACUAAAAAUACAUCAUCCCAAGGGAUUCCAUUCCAAAAAACUCUAUCCCAAGAGCUAGUGUUCCAAGAUAUACUAACCAAAAAUACAUCUCUCCAAGAGACUUCAUAUCUAGAUACACCAAUCCAGGAUAUAGCAUCACAAGAGACUCCAUCCCAAGGGACUCCAAACCAAGAUAAACUGACCCAAGACAUACCAUCCAAAGAGACUCUAUCCCAAGAAACUCCAGACCAAGAUAUACUAACUCAAGACAUACCAUUCCAAGAAACCCAAUCUGAAGAGACUCCAUCACAAGAGAUUCCCUCCCAAAUCUCUCCAUCCCAGAGUGUUCAAUACCAAGAUACACUAUCUCAAGACAAAAUAUCCCAAAGCACACAAACCCAAGACACAGUACCCCAAGACAUGACACUCUCAGAUCUUCAAACACUAAACACUCAAGUUCAAAUCCAGAAGUAUCCAGAAGUAUUUUAUAGGGACAUUCGAACAGAAGUCAUGGAGCUGACUCAAGAAUGGGAGUAUAAUAAAGGCAAGAAAACCACAAGAAGACUUUCCUUGUCCUUGCCAGGAAAACAUAGGCAACCCUAUCCCAAGAGACAUUCCUUGGACCUACAAAUCAAAGCGGAGAAGCCAAGAAGACACUCUGUAGACUUACAAAGGAAAACUUCAAGACGGAAAUCCAUAGAUCAGCAAAUCAAAGCCUGGCUAUCCUCAAAGAAGCAUACCAAAGAGAGGCAUGAUGUGUAUACUCAAACCUCAGAGCAAGUCCUACAACAGCAAUCUGAUGAUCAGCAGGCCAAAGAGGAGGAGGUCCCACUCCAAGAAUCCCAAAGUGAGAAAAUCGAAGACCAAAAAUCUAUAGGGGAGCUACUCCCAGAAGAACAGCUUAAAGACAGAGAGAAUGAAGAUCUGCAGUCUGAUAAAGAACAGCAUACAGAAGAAGAAGCUCAAGUUCAACCAUCUGAAGACCAGCAGCCUCAAGAGCAGCAAGCCCCAAAGAUUCAGCUCCCAAAUUGGCAAGAGAGACCACAACUCCUAGUAAAGAGAGCGCCAAAGCAGUUGUGUGAUGAUUGGGACUCCCAAAGCUUUCAAUUCACAGAAAAGUCAUGUUCAUACUGGCCAACUCCAUCCUGGCAGACUUUUAGCCAGGGAUCUGAAGACUGGAGAAGUCAAGGCUGGAGAAACAAAGAUUGGAAAGCACAAGAAUGGCAGUUUGAAAUGCAACAUUCUCUAGAAUGGGAAUCCCAAGAGCUAUUAGAGAGGGAAUCCUUAAGGCAAAGGGCACUAUACCAACAAAUCCAACCCCACAGCACUAUAGUCCAACAGACCCCAGAUCGUCAUUUGCAAAACUUUAUAUUUCAAGUAGGCCUGUGUCAAGGAAGUGAUAAACAAGACUCUGAAUCCAGUGUUUUAAGAGAAGAUAUGUACACAGACAAUGUACAAGCAAGAGACAGAGAACCAGAAGACACAGAAGAUACAUGUCAGAAUCUAAAAGACCAGCAGUCAGAAGACAGGAGGCCAGAUAAUUAUCCUGCUGCUUGUCAAAGCUUGGUUCCAUACACAUAUGUAACAUGUUCACCCAACAUAACUUCAGAGCGAGAGGUGCAGAACAAUACACCUUGUUCAAAUUCAUCCAAAGAUCAGAGAGAUCAACAGCAAUCUGAAGAUUCAGACUAA